AUACCCCACAGCCAAUUACAACGCCGGGUUCGGUUCAGUGGGCGGGACGCAGCACUGCUCCAAUCACGCGCGGGCCUCAGUCAAGGUUGGGUUCGUUGCAGGAACAGAGGAACUGCUGCUGUCACUUAUAAGUUGUCUAUCCAGCACCAUGGGGAAGAAGAGUCGAGUGAAGAUCCAGAAGUCCGGCUCAGGAGCCAGCGCUGCAGUUUCCCCCAAGGAGAUGAUGAACCUGAUCUCAGAGCUUCUGCAGAAAUGCAGCAGUGCAGCACCCUCUGCUGGUAAAGAGUGGGAGGAGUACGUCCAGAUCAGAGGGCUGGUGGACAAGAUUUGCAAAAAACAAAAGGGCAUGUCGACGGUGUUUGACGGCAGCAGAGAGGACUACUUUCCAGACUUGUUGUCCUGGGCUCAUGACAACGGGGCGUCCUGUGACAGCUUCACAGUGGGGAACUUUGGGGCUGAGGGCUACGGCUUGAGGGCCACCAGAGACAUCAAGGCAGAGGAACUGUUCCUGUGGAUUCCCAGAAAGAUGCUAAUGACUGUGGAGUCGGCCCAGAACUCCGUACUGGGUCCUCUCUACAGCCAGGACCGGAUCCUGCAGGCCAUGGGCAACGUGACGCUGGCCUUCCACCUGCUGUGUGAGCGGGCCGACCCGGCUUCCCCCUGGCUGCCGUACAUCCGCAGCCUUCCUCAGGAGUACGACACGCCGCUGUACUACCAGCAGGAAGAGGUGCAGAUGCUCCUCGGGACUCAGGCCGUGCAGGACGUCCUGAGCCAGUAUAAGAACACGGCACGCCAGUACGCUUACUUCUACAAGCUGGUACAGACUCACCCUGCUGCCUGCAAACUGCCGCUGAAGGACAGCUUCACAUUCGACGACUACAGGUGGGCAGUGUCCUCUGUGAUGACCCGCCAGAACCAGAUCCCGACUGAGGACGGCAGCCGGGUCACUCUGGCCCUUAUCCCCCUGUGGGACAUGUGCAACCACACGAAUGGACUGAUCACCACCGGCUACAACCUGGAGGAUGACCGCUGUGAAUGUGUGGCACUGCAGGACUACGAGCAGAACCAACAGAUUUAUAUCUUCUACGGCACGCGAUCCAACGGCGAGUUCGUCAUCCACAACGGCUUCUUCUACCAAGACAACGCCCACGACCGAGUGAAGAUCAAGCUGGGCGUCAGUAAGAGCGAGCGCCUGUACGCCAUGAAGGCUGAAGUGCUGGCCCGAGCCGGCAUCCCAGCGUCCUGCAUCUUUGCUCUGCACUGUAAUGAACCCCCCAUUUCAGCCCAGCUCCUCGCGUUCCUCAGAGUCUUCUGCAUGACCGAGGAGGAACUGAAGGACUACCUGCUCGGAGACGGAGCGUUCAAUAAGAUCUUCACUCUGGGUAACAGCGAGUUCCCGGUCAGCUGGGAGAAUGAGAUCAAGCUGUGGACCUUCCUGGAGACGCGAGCUGCUCUGCUCCUCAAGACCUACAAGACCAGCUCCCAGGAGGACCGCUCCAUGCUGGACAAACCGGACCUGUCUCUCCAUUGCCGCGUGGCGACCCAGCUUCGCCUGGCUGAGAAGCAGAUCCUGGAGAAGGCCUCGGCCAGCGGGCGUGCCAAACGUCUGCACUUUGAGAAGAAGCUGGAGGACGGCGCCGCCCUGCCUCGCUACGAGGAAAGCGACAUCGCUUUGCUGGAGAACACUGACGAUGCAAAGAUUCCUAUUGUCCUGCAUGAGCUUGAAGAGGUGGAGGAGGGCCAGCAGACGCAGGGGGGAGAGCUCAGUGGCCUCGUCAACGGGCAGAAGGAAGCGUACGCUCCGGUGGAGGCCAGUGGGGAGACCAGAAGAGCUGUUUAUUCCACUUUGGACUCUACUGGAAGUUCGAGUGCUAGUAGAACUGAAGAGGAUCCCAAAGAGAGCAGUGAAUAAAUAGAUUCCCCUUAAUGCCACAGCUUGAUGCUAUUUAUUUAUACUUGUGUCUGUUAAACGACUCAAAAAUAGAGAAGCUGAGAAAUGGAAUCUGAAGUUGGUGGACUGUUGAUAUUGGCGCGUUGUUUCUUGUGUUCCACUGCUGAUCUAGUUUCACAAUGCUGCCACUGUGUUUCCCAACCAGCCCCCUUUUUGUUUACUGAAACUUCCCAGUAAACCCUCCGGGACGCUCCAGCGUAGGAAGACGGUGAGGACGGGGCCACAAAGCGGGGAAAGAAGGCGAACGUUCUCGCCCCAAAAGCAACGUGUGUAACGUCCAGCAUGCUUUGAGCUGACAAUCGUGUGUGUUCCCUCCGUUGAGACCUUCACUGCUACACUUGCUCUCUUUUUCCAGGCUAGACAUAAAAUGCUCACCACCUCUGGUGGCGUUUGGAGUCACCGGCCAAAAUGGAAAAUGUGUUUUUUCCUUUCUUAAAGAACUUGUUGCUUUUUACCAUCAAAUUUGUACAUUUUCCACCAUUUGAAGAAUCUUUGUUUUAUUAAGACGUAUGUUUGUGAAUGUAAGUUUCAGCGAUGAUCUGUGGGGUCACCACCCAAAGACACGGCUCACUGAUCACAGAGAAAGCCAUAUGCCCCACACUCUGUAUGCUAAAUACGGAAACAUUGUGUAGGCGCCUCCUCUCCGUAGUUGGUUUUAAAUGUACGGGUGGCCACAACAACCCGAACUGUAUAUGACAGUCAGUAGUGAUAUCAUGUAUAACGGAGUUCUGCAGCUUGGAGGGAAACGUGCGAUGCUGUCAAUCAUCUUCCAUCAGAUGUGCUUAUGCAGUUCAACCCGUUCACACAAACCACUAAUGAGGUUUGGAAUAAAUAAAGUGAAAUUUAAACGUC